AUGAAUGUGGCAAGAUGGUGGUAUCAUUCUAAUGUACCCUUUUAUGCAUCUCAGUCACCUUAUUAUCAACCUAUGAUUGUAUCCAUUGCUGCUAUUGGGCCGGGAUUUAAGGGGCCUUCUUUUUAUGAGUUGAGGGGACCCCUUUUGAAAAAUGCUAUCCAUGAAGUUAAUGAUUUUUUGUUAGAUAUAAAAAAUAAUUGGAAAGUAUAUGGCUGUUCAUUGAUGUCUGAUGGGUGGACAAAUCAAAAGCAACAACCAAUAAUGAAUUUUUUGGUGUAUUGUCCAAGGGGAGCCAUGUUCUUGAAAUCAAUUGACACUUCAGGCCUUAUAAAGGAUGCUGAAACUUUGUUUAAUAUAUUUGAUUCUGUUGUUCAAGAAAUUGGUGUGGAAUAUAUUGUGCAAUUGAUUACAGAUAAUGCUUCUACCUAUAAAAAAGCUGGAAAAAAAUUACAGCAGAAGUAUGGUACUUUAUUUUGUUCUCCUUGUGCAGCUCAUUGCAUAGACUUGAUGUUGGAGAAUAUUGCUAAUCCUAGGUGGUUCCCUCUUAUUGAUGAAGCAAUUAAGAAGGCAAAAAAGAUAAUAAAGUUCAUUUACAACCAUGGAGUUGUUUUAGACUUGAUGAGGCAAAAUUUUACAAAUGGAAGAGAGUUAUGUCGUCCUGCAAUUACAAGGUUUGCCACUAACUUCUUAAGUCUACAAAGCAUACUAAGGUUCAAAAAAGAGUUUAGACAAAUAUUCACUUGUGAUAAAUGGCUUUCAUGCCCCCAUGCUAAGACUGCCAUUGGGAAGGAGAUAAGUAAAAUUGUUUUGGAAGAUUAUGCGUUUUGGUCUCAAUGCAAGCACAUAGUGAAAGUUAGUGAGCCUUUAGUUAGAGUACUUCGUCUUGUUGAUGGGGAUGAGAAACCUGCUAUGGGGUACUUGUAUGAAGCAAUGGACAAAGCAAAAGAGGAAAUAAAAAGAAGGUUGAAGACCAAAGUUUCUUUGUAUGGACAUUAUGUUAGAGUCAUUGAUACUAGAUGGGACAAACAACUUCAUAGUCCUCUGCAUGCAGCAGGUUGCUUUCUUAACCCUGCAAUAUACUUUAGGCCUUCAUUUAAAAGGCAAAAUGAAGUUCAAAGAGGGUUGCUAAGCACUCUAAUAAGGUUGGUUCCCGAUCCUGACAUUCAAGAAAAAAUAAGUUCACAACUUGAUGAGUACAAAAAAUCAAUUGGUGACUUUGGCACAUCACUAGCAAUCCGCCAACGAGAGAGACUAAAUCCAGUUUCAUGGUGGGAGCAAUUUGGACUUGGAGCUCCAGACUUACAAUCAUUUGCCAUUCGUGUGCUAAGUCAAUGUUGUAGUGCAACUGGUUGUGAGAGAAAUUGGAGCACAUUUGAAUAUGUUCACUCAAAGAAGAGAAAUAGAUUGGAACAUAAACGAGUAAAUGAUUUGGUCUUUGUCCAUUAUAAUUUGAGGAACAUUCAAAGGAAUAAGUAUGUAAUGGAUCCUAUAAGCUUGGAUAACAUUGACUUGAUGGGAGAUUGGGUGGCUGAAGAACCUGCACUUCUUAAUCCAGAUGACAUAAAUUGGGAUUGUCUUAAUGAGCCAGCAACCCUAGUGAAUGUGGAAGAGGAUGCUGAACUUGAAACUAUUGAUGUUGAUGACGAUAAUGAUGAUGACAACAACAAUGAACAUGUCUUGACAAAUCUUCCAAUGGGUGCUAAUUGGGUGGCUGAAGAACCUGCACUUCUUAAUCCAGAUGACAUAAAUUGGGAUUGUCUUAAUGAGCCAGCAACCCUAGUGAAUGUGGAAGAGGAUGCUGAACUUGAAACUAUUGAUGUUGAUGACGAUAAUGAUGAUGACAACAACAAUGAACAUGUCUUGACAAAUCUUCCAAUGGGUGCUAGUAGUUCUUAUGGGAACUUAAGACUAAGUGUAUGUUGA